AUGGAGUCCCCGGUCCAGAUCUUCCGCGGGGAGCCGAGCCCCACCUGCUCCCCGAGCACCUGCCUGCUCCCAAACGGCAGCUGGCUGCCUGACUGGGCCGAGGCGGACCGCAACAGCAGCGGGGGCUCCGAGGGCGCGCAGCUGGAGUCCGCGCACAUCUCUCCCGCCAUCCCAGUCAUCAUCACGGCGGUCUACUCGGUGGUGUUCGUGGUGGGAUUGGUGGGCAACUCUCUGGUCAUGUUCGUGAUCAUCCGAUACACAAAGAUGAAGACAGCAACCAACAUUUAUAUAUUUAACCUGGCGUUGGCAGAUGCUUUGGUUACUACAACCAUGCCCUUCCAGAGCACAGUCUAUCUGAUGAAUUCGUGGCCAUUUGGGGAUGUGCUGUGCAAGAUAGUCAUUUCCAUUGACUACUAUAACAUGUUUACCAGCAUAUUCACCUUGACCAUGAUGAGUGUGGACCGAUACAUUGCUGUGUGCCACCCUGUCAAAGCUUUAGACUUCCGCACCCCCAUGAAAGCAAAGAUCAUUAACAUCUGUAUUUGGCUCUUAUCAUCGUCUGUUGGCAUAUCUGCGAUAGUCCUUGGAGGGACCAAAGUCAGGGAAGAUGUGGAUGUCAUUGAGUGCUCCUUGCAGUUCCCAGAUGAUGAUUACUCCUGGUGGGACCUCUUCAUGAAGAUCUGUGUCUUCGUCUUUGCCUUUGUGAUCCCUGUCAUCAUCAUCAUCAUCUGCUACACCCUGAUGAUCCUGCGUUUGAAGAGUGUCCGACUCCUUUCUGGCUCCAGAGAGAAAGAUCGCAACCUCCGUCGGAUCACCAGGCUGGUUCUGGUGGUGGUGGCGGUCUUUAUCAUCUGUUGGACCCCCAUUCACAUUUUCAUCCUUGUGGAGGCUCUGGGGAAUGCUUCUCAUAGCACAGCUGCCCUUUCCAGCUAUUAUUUCUGCAUUGCCUUAGGUUAUACUAACAGCAGCCUGAACCCCAUUCUCUAUGCCUUUCUUGAUGAAAACUUCAAGCGAUGUUUCAGAGACUUCUGCUUUCCAAUUAAGAUGAGGAUGGAGCGACAGAGCACUAGUAGAGUCAGAAAUACAGUUCAGGAUCCUACUUACAUGAGGGAUGUUGAUGGGAUAAAUAAACCAGUAUGACUAGUCAUGGAGAUGUCUUCUUACAGUUCUUCAGGAAGAGAAGAGUUUAAUGAUCUCGGGUUAACUCAGAUUAGUACUGAAGUCUGAGAUGGAAAGGUAGAAUUUUUAACAAACUUUUAGAAAUCUCAUGGUCUGAAGUUGUAAGAUGCAGGCUGGGUUGGCCACUCAGGUCUGUGGAAGUAUCAAAGCUGUAGGGAUGGAGUAUAAAGGAUUUGAGUAAGCAAAUUCAGCCUCUUUAUAAGGCAAGGAAGCAAGGCUGACUCUCAGUUCCUUUGAUGAACAAAGAAAUAAGCCUUUUUCUUCUGAUUACCUAGAUUUAGUCCAGGACCCAUCUGCUGUGGCCUUUCUGUGCAGUGUGGUUCCAAAAGCUCUGUUUAGAAAAAAGGACAAGGAAAAAUUAUUGGUUUCAGAGCUUAGUGGAUGACCUAUCCAGAUGCUUUACAUUGACAACAACAACCUGAAAAAAACAAGAACCAUUUCCAGGACAUGUGCCUAGCUCACUUUAUGCUAUGUGGACACACAUUUCAUGUGGCUGUGUAGUGAUGACUCUGGCUUAAGUAUGGCUUGGACCCACACCUGAGGUGUCUGAUGUUCAUGUAUAAUAGGAAAUUAUCUUGAUAUUUAUGAAGUUAUUUAACAUGCAAAAGGUGAUUUCCAACAUAGUUUAAUUUCUUAAAAGGCACAGUUCGUUUCGCAGCAUGCUAUUCAGAUAAAUAAUUUCAUGAUAAAGCAUGUCCUGAUGUCAAGAAAUACAAAGUGGUUUAAAUACCACUGAAGUAUAUAUAUUUCAUCUGUAAUUAAUAGUAUACAUGCUAAUAAGGGCUGGGCUUGCCCCCCAGUCAGGCACUUUCCUGAGGACAUACUCACAAUAUCCCCUGAGUUAUUAACAAUAGAUAUGGAGACAUUUUGUGGCAACAGGAGCUUCACUCUGGGAAUUGGUCAGACACCGUCUUUGUCAGACGCCAUCUUUUUCAGACCCUUGAGCACCAUUUAGGCAAUUCAGUGGUGCUUAUAACUCAUGUGUUAAACAAACACAAAAUAUUUUACUCAUUCCCAGGUUGUUGACUUGACAGAAUCCAAUUUAUAUGCAACAUCUCCUCAUGAAUAUAUAGCUUUACCAAACGUUCUUUAUCUGUGGUGGGAGGGCAUUUUGCUCAUGUUAAUCUUGGGCUAGGAUUUUGUGGUUUUUGGCAGGAAGUAGAAAUGUUCCUAAUUGCGGGCUGAACAAGGACAUUAUGUCACCUGUGGUGCUUGGCCAUACCUUGCACUGUGUUCUGUGAAGAACAUACCAGCUGAGGAUAAUGCUAUGAGAGCACAUUUAGGAUAAUUUUGCUAAAACUUCCAGAUGAUAUAUUAAUUCCCUCAUCUUUCCCCUGAAAGUUAUGAUUUCAAAGGUAAUGGCUUUUUCUAUAAUUUGCCUGGGGAGAAGAAAGGGAUAAUUUAGAAAUAACCCCUGUCUCUUCUCUUCCUUAAUCUUAUAUGUUAUUAGGGCAGCACCUCCUGGAAUUUAAUGGGAAAAUCAAAUUUAUAGUCCUACAUACUCAUAGACAUCAUUACAUCUAUAAUUUCUGUUCACUGUGUACUUUCUGUCUUGUGUAUAUACUCCUUUUGGAAGCAAACCUUGCACUGAAGGCUUUAUAUGUGGCUAUUGAUGAUACUUGUCUAUAUUCCAGAUUUUCAUGGCAUCUGACAGAUGACUUAAGGCCAAAAGGCAAAGUUCUUCCAAAUGAACCCACAGUGCUCUUUGAGCAUUUCUUAAAUUUCACUUGUUUUCUUUGGUGUCCUUGUAUUCUUACAACUAAAUGUAGAUAGGAAUGGCUUAAAUAUUGGUUGGCAUUUACCCCAUGGUUAAAAAUCUUGGCUACCAUAUAGAAGGGAUAUUUAUGCAGAGAGCAGUUUCAGGAACAAGCCCUACUGAUGGGAGAAAUAUACAAAUCUCUUUAUGGAACAGUAAGACCCAGGGGAUUUUCUUGAAGGAUUCUUACACAGUGCAAAAAUAUACAUUCAUGGAAUAAAAUUAUAGUAACUAUAGUAAUCGUUUCUCUUUCACUUAGCACCCCACGUGCCCUUAUGGCAUCUGUUGCCAUUAUUAGAGUCUGAACUUUAACCAGAUUAUCCUGCAUGUCUUUAUACCUAAGUUUGCAGCUCAUGGAGAGAGAGAAGUAGCUCUGAGUGCCCAUGAGAGAUGUUCUAAGUUCUCUAUUAUUGUGGGCACCAAUUACCCCAAACGGGAAGAAGAGAGAGAGGCUUUGUCAUUUUAGGGCACCAUUUUAAAGAAUGAAAAAGUGAGUCAUCCAUGUUAAAGAAAAUACCAUUUACACAAAAAUAUUCAUUUGUCAAAAGUGUGUAUGUGGGCAUGCAUGUGCAAGUAAGUGAGUGUAUAUGUCGGUGUGCUCAUGUGAUCAUGUGAGCAUACGUGAAAGUGUCAAUAUAUGUCUUUCUGUGUGUGCAUUGUGGGUGUGCAUAGCUGCAUGUGUGGAUAUAUGUGUGUGAUUGUGUAAGUAUGCACAUGUGAGUGUACAUGUUUGUGCAUGUAUUCAUGAGUAUAUGUGUUUUUGUGUAUGUGAUUUUGUGUGCAUGCGUUUGUGAGUGUGAGUGCAUGU